UGAGAGAAAUACGCUGGCGGCUCGGAGCGCAAAUAGAAGCGGAUGUAGUGUUCAAAGUUACGUAAACGCCAUUGCAGCAGGCUUGGGAAUCUGAAAUGCAGUAGCUAGCUAGCCACUGCUAGUGCGUUUCAGCAACCUACAAGCGUCAGGUUUUGGCGUAACUUACGUGUUAAAGGUAGCGCCGUAAAUUGCUGUACGAAGGAAUCGGGCACCCCUGAAUUCAGACGUGGCGCCCGGUCUGAACACCGAGGCUCCUGAACAGCCCUGUCUUGCCCGCUUCAAAAUUUGUCAAGCAACGGUAGCGAUUUCUGCCGCAUCUAUUUUCUGCAGACGCUGAGGGGACCAUGUGGAAGAAGGCUGUUGUAGCUGCCGUCCUGGCUCUGACAGUUGGGUACUUCUACCAGACGGACCCUGAGCUGCCAGAACGCCUGAUGCAGUACCUCUCCCAGUCCUCCCCCUCUCUUGAAGGUAUCCCCACUGGCACACCCACCAUAGAGCGGAUAAUCUCCAGUGCCUGGGAGACCUUGAUCUCUGCCCCUGCCCGCCAGUGGAGUCGCGUGGCUGUAGGGGUCAACGCCUGCGUGGAUGUGGUGGUCUCGGGGGUGGGGCUGCUCCAGGCCCUGGCUGUCGAUCCCGGGCAGGGCAGUGACCAUGAAGUGCUCCACUCCAAAGAGGAUCUGAAGGAGGCCUUCACAUACUACAUGGAGAAGGGGGCGGCCGCGGAGCGCUUCUUCAGCGACGGCGAAGCCUUUCAGAGGAUCGCACGAGCUGCUGCGGAGUACCCUGGGGCUCAGCUGUAUGUGGGUGGAAACGCAGCUCUGAUUGGACAGAAACUGGCUACCUAUCCUCAGCUGAUGGUGCUGCUGUGUGGCCCCGUGGGCCCCAGGCUCCACGAGAUGCUGGAUGACCAGAUCGUCGUCCCCCCUCAGUCUCUGCAGGAGACAGACGAGUUCCAUCUCAUCCUGGAGUACAAAGCAGGGGAGCAGUGGGGUCCCACCCGGGCGCCCCAAGCCAACCGCUUCAUCUUCUCCCACGAUGUGGCGAACGGGGAGAUGAGCACGCUGGAGACCUUCGUGGCCAGCCUGGAGGAGUUCCAGCCAGACCUGGUGGUGCUGUCCGGGCUGCACAUGAUGGAGGGCCAGGGCAGGGAGCUGUGGGAGGAGAGGCUGAAGGAGGCUGUGGUGGCCAUCUCUGACGUCCGCAACCAGGUCCCCAUCCACCUGGAGCUGGCCAGCAUGACUGACAAGGACUACAUGAACCGCAUCAUGCAGGAGCAGGUCAUUCCCAUGGUGAACUCCAUCGGGCUGAACGAGCAGGAGCUUCUCUUCCUGUCCCAGGCCGGUGAGGGCCCCCACUCUGAGCUGGCGUCCUGGGACGGCAUGCCGGACGUGGGCCGGGUCAGCGACAUCCUCCUGUGGGUCCUGGAGCGGCACGGGCGCACCGAUCCAGAAUCCGAGGCCGACCUCACCCGCAUCCACUUCCACACCCUGGCCUACCACAUCCUGGCCACGGUGGACGGUUACUGGGGCAACCAGGUGGCCGCUGUGGCGGCGGGGGCGCGCGUGGCCGGCAGCCAGGCCUGUGGGCUCGAGAGCAUCGACGCCACCAAGGUCACCCUCCGGGCACCCAGAAACUUCCACAGCUCCUACUCAGAACCCAGAGAGAGCCUGACUCUCGACCCCGCCAUGCCAGUCACUGUCUAUCACCGGGGCAACGUCACCUUCUACAUGACACCCGUCCUAGUCUGCAAACAGCCGCUAAGGACAGUAGGCCUGGGCGAUGCCAUCUCAGCAGAGGGACUCCUGUACUCUGAGAUCCUGCAGCAGCAGCAGUAGCAGACACUGUUGGUCCCCAAUACAACUACUCUGUUCAGCAAUGUGCAAUGGAGUGUGGAAUGCCUGUGACACCCUGAUUGUUUUUCUUUUUGGUAAUUUUCCGUCACACUGUAGGUGGGAGUGUUUUGUAUAACGGACAGGCCCCAAUAACCCAAGGCACAUUCUGGCAGCCAUUUGUUUCCACACUCCAAGGAGUUUUUGUACUGUUUACUGCUCAUAAUGAUUUGAAAAUAAUCCAAAUGAUGUGAAAUAAUCCAAUUAGCCUUGUGUAAACAGUUUGGGGGGAGCAAGGAAAAUAUUGCGUACAGAACAUGAAUGCCUUCACUGGCCUCCAUCUCCACUCAAAGACCAGUUUGGUACGGGUAUGAACGUAAUAAUCAAGUUUGACUCUUCAUUACUGGUGGGCGCCCUGUGGAGAUUUGGUCUCUUUCCCACCCUGCUGCUCAAUAGGCACAUUGGCGAGGCUUGAGAAUGAUCAUGUUAACCUAACGCAAAAGGGCAUGCUGGAGCAGAUCCAUACCCACCUGGCCUUGACUUACCAUCUCACCGAUGAUAAACUGGAACAUUUUUUUUAGUGCUGUUUUUGGUAUGUGCGCUGCAGAUGCUUCAUAUUCUCAGACAACGUGUCUUUGAAGUUCUUCAACGUUGAUGAAAAGCAGUGUACAGAAAGCAUCUGCCGAUAGUCUUAUCAAAUGAAUCCUGCUUAUUACUCCUAAUUCCACAAAAAGUCUUAACUGAACAUGGAGUAGCACAUACAUUAAAUGACUAUUCAAAUUUCUU